AUGUCCGGACCAGAAAGCAAACUCGGCGGUCUUUCCACCAGCAUAGUCGCCGUAAUUGCUGUGGGUGGUGUCGCGGGCCUUCUGGCACUCAUCGUCGUCGCUGCUAUCAUUAUGGAUAUACCAAAGCGUAUGAAAAGGAAGAAGAACACGGGCAUCAUGGCAGCGGAAGAGAUGGAGAAGAAUAGUAUGGAUAUCGAAGAAAAACCUAUGGGAAUCAAUGAGAUGAGCAAAGGCGCUCCCAAAGUGUCGACAACCCGAACAUCGAUGAGAUCUCCAAGCCAAUACUCAAGCACGCAAGUUGAUCGGUCAACGUCGCCAGAGUGUCAAUGCGCACAUCCUUCGAUAGUAAUACAUCCGUCGCCAGUAUAUAUGAGUACCUCGACGUUAUCACAAGGUUAUUAA